UGACCAGCGCACAGCUGAGGGAUGCUGAGGUAGGCUUGCUACCAUUGCUAGCCACGUUAGCCGUGUCUAGUAAAUCCUGUCAGCUUGUUUUCACCUUUUUUGAAACAAAACCAGCCCGAGGGAGACACGCUACAAGCCAUGGAGAGGACACAGCGCAUGUGGUCGUCUUUUGUCUCCCCUCAUAUCAUCAGCUUUUGGUUAGAUGUCAAUGUCAUAGUUUGUAGCUAGGGUUUGUCUAGUUAGCUCAGCUAGCUGGUGUCUGGUUAUAACGCAGGAGGCCAAGGCCAAGGCCGAGCGAGAGAAAAACAGGGAGUCCGUCUGGCAUUUGCUCUGUAGGUGGACAGAGGAGGAGUAGGAGGAGGUUGGGUUUUGGAUCGGACCUUCUUUUGAAGUCGCCUCCACUAUCAUCUUCGUCACCCUCAGCUGAGCCAUGUCUUCGUCAGGGUGCUGCCACCUGCCCGGCUCCCUUUGUGAUUACUCCGGGAACGCCGAAUCUGACGCCUCCAAGGAUUCGGAGGAGUCUGAUUCUACCGCGCAGGCCCAGUACAUUGCCAAGGUUACGGCUAAAGAUGGCCGCCCACUCUCCACCGUUGUCAAAGCGGUGAGCUUGCAGAGCGAUGUGGGCAUGUGUCGGAUUUGUCACGAGGGAGCUGGAGGGGAGACGCUGCUCUCACCCUGCGACUGCACUGGUACGCUGGGUAAAGUGCACAAGAGCUGCUUGGAGAAGUGGCUGUCCUCCUCCAACACCAGCUACUGUGAACUCUGUCACACAGAAUUCACUAUUGAACGACGACCACAACCACUCACACAGUGGCUGAAGGACCCAGGUCCUCGCAGUGAGAAGCGUACGCUGCUGUGCGACAUGGCCUGCUUUCUCCUCAUCACACCCCUGGCCGCCAUCUCUGGCUGGCUGUGUCUGAGGGGAGCCCAGGACCACCUGCAGCUGAAGAGCAGACUCGAGGCCGUAGGCCUCAUCGCCCUCACCAUCGCCCUUUUCACCAUCUACAUCCUCUGGACACUGGUGUCAUUUCGGUAUCACUGUCAGUUGUACUCGGAGUGGAGGAGGACCAAUCAGAAAGUGCGCCUGCUCAUGCCCGACAUGAAAGGGGCACACACCACCCAGCGUUCUGUGCCGACCAAGUCGACCAAGAAAAUGACUGACGAGACCAUCGUAUGAGUGCAGAGCGGUGGCAAGAGGAAUAUUUAAAAAUAACGCCCACUGAAGCGCUCUCUAAAAACAAAAUUAAUCAUAUUAAUAAACUUUUGCACUUCAUAAGGACCAUUCUGAGAGGGGAGAGCUACUUUCCCCUCCUGUUUUCUUUUUUCGAAGCACUUGAUGUAAACUACUACGGUAUUAGCCGACCACAAAAGUGGUUUUGAGAAGAACUCAUUCCGGAGUCGUAGUCGAUGUUGAAACACAGAGUUGUCAGCGGACAGCCGGUGCUGGGAUGUGAACGACUGAAGACGUGGAUAACGGACUAACCAGCCCAUCUGUAUGUCCGUGACACAAACUUAUGAAAUACUAAGACACAAGCUAAUGUAGCAGGAUAUAACUGAUACAGCAUGCUACUACAGUAUAAUAUGAAACAUAUUCACUACCUAUAAUUCCCCCAUGCCCCUUCACGAUGUAUUUAGCUGUUUUUGAACAAUGGGCAGCCAAUAGCCCGGCAAAGGAUGAUAACCUUAAAACAUGAUUGACGAAGUCUAUCUGUGAAUAUUCUUUUUUUUGACAAGCAGAGGGCGAAAAUCGCUCGUACCAACGAUGUCGUCUACAAUCUGAAUCCCUUUGAAGUUUCCUGGUAAAAGCUUCAUCAUCGAUGUAUGGACGGUGAAAAUCAUUUUCCUGUUUAGACAACAGCUAAGGCAUCACAUAUUUAUCACACUUGUCACAAGGUCAGUGAGGAUUGUAGUACGUGGGAGGACAACGCCAACAGCAGCCGUUAAACGGCAGUAAGGAAAUAGUAUUGAAGGUGUGGAAAAGUGUUUACAUUCUAAUUGGAUCAUGUCUCUGCUAUUGUCAUAAAAGUGCAUAAGCAAACGGCCGAACUCCACUUGUAAAUGCACCAUCCAUUAAUUGAGCUGCCUCGCAAUGACCAGUAGUUAUCGUGUCCUACAUCACAAGAGAUAAAUAGAGGAGAUGCAGUGUUCAGAAUAGUGAGACUACAGACUUUUGCCCUACAUAAAAACAAGAGAUGUACCAGAGCAGGCUGGUACUCAGCAAAAAGGUGCAAAAGAGAAAUGUGUUAUGAGAUGUCAAUCGAUGUAUGCAGCGUAUGCUAUACAAAGUAUUUUGUGUUAUUGUAGUCUUCCUGCUGCAUCCCCCGGAAAGUUGGGUUAUUGUGCAAUAAAACACGAGGGACUCCCGGACUAAAUCCA